CGAGAUUGUUUAGUCCAGUUUAUCGCCUCAAAUCGCCAUGAUUACUUGACCUUUUGUUAACGCAGUUCUUAAAUUAUUUAUUUGUGCAAGCGCGUAAACAAAAUGUUUUCAGUUCCUAAUUAGUGAUAAUAUUAGUGUUGUUUUGCUGCUGUGAUGUGUACCAAACGGUUUAGAGCACGCGCUGUCCUUGCUGUGAUUUUUGUUGUCAUAUUAAGCCAUGCGGAAUGCGGGAGAACUCGUGGCGGAAGCAGACCUUCUUCGAGCUGGGGAUCAUCGUCACACAGCAGGCCGUCUACGAGCUGGUCGUCACACAACAGACCAUCUCCGAGUUCUUACGGUCACCCUGCCUCGCUGAGUUACCCGUCUUCCCAUUAUAAUCAUCCCGCACCUUCCCAUCCAGCAUCACCACCGCGCCAACCAGCAACAUCCUCUACCAACACCAGACCGAUAGGAUGGAAUGUUGGGACUCACCCAGUCGGACCUCCACCCAAAAUCGAGAAACCAGUGGGAUUGGCCUCAAGUGCCCCGAAUUACGGAUUUAAACCUGCUGGAAGUCAAACCUCUGGUGCGGGGUCUCACGCGCAAUCAAUCAACGUAAAACCCGUUGCUUCGGCGCCUCACGAUACCAGCGGCGGAUCGAACCCACCAAGUUACGGGUUCAAACCGGCUGUUACGGGAAAUGGCGACCACAAUGUUGGAUUCAAAGCUGGGAACCCGGGACACGACAACCCUCACGGCACCGCAGCUAAACCUAGCGCUCCGGUCGGACCACCAGCAAACGUCAAACCAGUUGGAAACGCACUACCACCUGGAGCACCUUAUGCAGUACAUCCACCACCGUACAAUCCGCACGGCCAGCCCCCACCAGCGUAUAAUCCUAACCACGAUCCUGCAGGAUACGGCUCUCCGGCAGCUUACAAUCCUGCUGGAUACGGGCCACCACCUGCUUACAAUCCUGCCGCAUACGGACCACCACCGGCGUACAGUCCUGCCGGAUACGGACAUUCGCCGGCAUAUGGAUCUUACGGCCACCCAAACUACCCACAAGCUGGUGGCUAUCACCCUAACGCUGGUUACGCACAACCGGGUGGCGGUGGUGUUACGAUUAUUAACAAUAACAACAACAACAACUACCAUGGAGGGGGUUUGGGAGGGGGCUACGGCGGUGGUUUUGGCUACCCGAGCUAUCACUAUUCCUCAAGCGACGUCGGUAGCGGUGCUUUAGGUUUUUUCCUGGGGUAUUCCUUGGCCAAAGUGACGACUCCCACUUUUCACUACUCUUCCGGAGGUUACGACGGAUACCUACCGAGAUACGACCACUACACCGUGCACCAUUAUUAUCACAAUCGAGAUUCCAUUCCGGCGCAAAGUACCAUCCAACCAAACGCGAUUGUGGGUUGCGUGGGAAAUAGCGGUAGCAUUUGUCCCCCAGGUACCACGUCGUUGUGCACCAACAACGGAGCGAUAUUAUGCGUCGCUAGCGCAACAACUACGGUACCAUGUUCCGGUCAGAACAAUCAAAAUUGCAUAGAAACAAACAUACCCUGCAUCAACGGUACCGGAAAUUGUGAAACGGGGAAAAACCAAACGGUAACAAUCCCUUGCGUGUCGAACGCGAAGGUCUUAGGCAACAUCACCUACGUCAACAACACUAUUAUCGUCAACAACACCACUAUUAUUAAUAACAACGUGACGUAUAAUGGAACGAUUCAAUCGAGUAACUCAACUCUAAGCAGUUCAACCAACAGCACCGAGGGAGUGACCUUCAGUCCAUUGCCGGUGAAUGGGAAUAAUAUGAGUGAUACUGUACAAGUCAAGACUAAGAGAGAAGCCAAUCUUCCAGUUCACGAUUUCUGUGUGACCGUGCUCGCUCUGCCAGCAGAAAGAAAGCCUAGUGAAGCCGAAAUGGUUGUUUCCAAAGGGACUAAUAUUUUCACAAAAUUCUUAGUGAAAGCCUUAGGCAUUGAGUGACGUAGCGUUCAAAAAGUCAAGUCUACAUUCACUGUACAAACAUUAUAAAUUUGUUGUGUAUUGAUGACUUAGUUUACAGCAACUCCGUAUGUUACUAAAUAAAAAUUGUUGUUGUAUGA